ACGCUGCAAACGGCAAUAAAGCAAAUUCAAUUGUGACUGCGGUUGUCAAACAAUUCUUGCGUGCCGAGUGUGUGUGGGUAUCGAGUAUCGAGUUUUUGCCAUAACUACUCCGGCUAAAAUCGAACGGACUUGUUUUUGUUUUAUUCAGAAUUCGCAAACAAGGCCGAGUCAGGGAACAAUUUUUGCCGUUUCACGAACGGAGCGGAUAGCAGCGGAAAGGAGCGAACGGAAAGAGCCACAUUAAAAUGGCUUUGAAUGGCUUUGGUCGGCGUGUCAGUGCGUCUGUCCUUUUAAUCGCCUUGUCGCUGCUCAGCGGAGCGCUGAUCCUGCCGCCGGCUGCGGCGCAGCGUGACGAGAACUAUCCACCGCCGAGCAUCCUCAAAAUGGCCAAGCCCUUCCACGAUGCGUGUGUGGAGAAGACGGGCGUCUCCGAGGCUGCCAUCAAGGAGUUCAGUGACGGCGAGAUUCACGAGGAUGAGAAGCUCAAGUGCUACAUGAACUGCUUCUUCCAUGAGAUCGAGGUGGUGGACGACAAUGGAGACGUACAUCUAGAGAAGCUCUUCGCCACGGUUCCGCUCUCGGUGCGGGACAAGCUGAUGGAGAUGUCGAAGGGCUGCGUCCAUCCGGAGGGCGAUACCCUGUGCCACAAGGCCUGGUGGUUCCACCAGUGCUGGAAGAAGGCCGACCCCAAGCACUACUUCUUGCCUUGAAAACCCGACCGAACCUGCUUUUCGAUUCACCCGUUGCCGGCCCCGUGAUAUUUAUAUUUUAGGUUAGUUUUUCCUAGUUUUUCAAUAGCUGUCGAGUAAUAAACGUAGGCGAGUUGUGCAUGCAA